UCCAGAGGUUAUUUUGGUUCCAGACACCCUACAGUGCCCAUCGCCAGUGUAAAACAUGAACGUGUACAUGUCGCAUGUGUUGUGCUUGUCAGUUUGUAUUCUCUAUGCUGAAGGAUCUCAAAUAGAGAUACUUUCCUCUGGAGACGGUGUUAUGGUCAGCACAAAGUCCCAUGGGGUGGACAUUCAAGGAUGUUCCAGUAUCAAGUUUCAGCUCAAGGCUUGCAACGACGCGUUAAUUUGGUUAGGGGAUGGCUCUGUGGAUGGAUCAUAUGAGUUAGUGAUAGGGGAUGCGUCCAACCAGAGGACUUCCUUUAGGAACUGUGGUUCAUGUAUUGCCGGUGGGACGUCGUACCCUUCUCCCAAAGUGCUGGACUGCGAUAAUUACGUGGAUCUAUGGUUGGAGUGGUCUGACUACCAUGUUGCGUUUGGGAAGAACGACACCAAGGGGGUGGGUGUAAUCUUCAACCGCACCACCGUAUCACUACGCCAGUUCUCAACCAUGAAGGUUGCAGGAAGUAACACUACCGCUGCCAGAUUUCUGUUUGGGAAGGCUAACGACGCCAUAUUUGAGCUAAAGUCUUCUGGCUAUAAGUACCAAGGACAGCGACUCAAUAAUGGUAACACCGGCUUGGCAGCAACAGCCUGUGGUAUCCUGUGUCUUAACGACAAAGCCUGUGGGAAGUUCAGCCAUGACGGUAUUGGACAGUGCGACCUGUUUGGCAGAGCGACGUAUGGACUGUACGGUGAAACACAGUGGAAGUCCUGGAACGAGAAGUUCUGUUGAGAAUGUGGGCGGUCAUCUAGUUCGGAGAGUAUAGUGUACAAUAUACAAACAAAUUGUCAGAACAAUAUUUAAGUCAAGAACUCGCUUAAAGAAAUAUGGAGCUCAGAGCUAAAUGCUCGAAACAAGGUCAAAGUCACCAAUACAUUUGCUAUGCCAGUCCUUUCCCAUUCCUUUAUAAUAGUUGAUUGGACAAAACAAGAUAUUCAGAGUCUUGACCGCCUGACCAGAAGGAUCGUGUCUGAUAACAGAGCCCACCACCCUCGUUUUUUUAAAGUUUAAAUGUCAACCUUAGAAAUAUAUUGAUACAUGUUAAUCACUCUUCGAAUAUUUUUCACUAAAGAUGAAUCAAUGGAUAAAUCUUUUGUCAUGUUUAAGAGGUUUGUCUAUUACCAAGUUGAUUUACAUACCAUACAACAAACAUAUAACAUACUGAAUGAUCAAGCUUAUACAAGCUUUUGUUUGAUGCCUUACUGUCUGCGUUUUGUUUUCAUUCACUUAAAUGUACGACAUCUAAUCCAGAGAUUCACCAGUCCCGAUUCCAUUGGCGAAUAAGCGCAUUCACUGAUUUUGUCGAAACUAAAAAUGAUAUGUUAAGUUCGAUUUAUUGGCUUGCUGUGUGUUUAACGCAUCACCUAUCAAUA